AUGUCGCACCCGGCUGCACCCGACCAUACGGAUGGCAUCAUCGAGGGCCAGAAUCGUAAUCGCUUCCCGACCCUGCACGAGGUGUUGAGUCGUAAUACUGUAGCCCCUCUGGAUCUGUUCUCCUUCUACAUCUACAUGCGAGAUCAGCAACGAUCUGUCGAUUAUCUGGACUUCUGGCUUGAUGUGUCGCAACACCUUCAGCUAUGCAGACUUUAUGUUCGCCGGCUGCAUCGUUCUAUGAUUGAGGGGACUCCCGACGCCGAAAAGAAUAGCCAUCGAUCAUCCUACAUUCUCGACAAUGCUGGUGAAGGUCCAUCCAACGAGAAGGGCGACAACAUGUCUGAUCAGCGCCUUUCGGCCUUUCUUCGCUCUGAUCGUGGAAGUCGCAACCACUCGCCGCAGAACAGUCAGGGUAGCAAUCAGAGUCGUGACCCUCUACCUCCACCAAGCAUGGCGAUAACAAGCACGCCUGGUGACUCUUCCUCGCCAGGUCAGCAGUCGUCCUUGGACAACAGUCAGCCACGCCGGGAAGACUUGCGCGCCUCCGCAGAAAAGAUCCUCUACACAUACCUACUACCUGGAUCGGAACGAGAGAUCAUUAUCCCUCAGAGCAUUUUGAAUGAGGUGCAAGAUGCCAUUGAAGGACCAGAGCAGCGUGCAGACCCCGAACUCUUUGACCCCGCCAAAGACUACGUUUUUCAAGCCAUGGAGCGCGACGCAUACCCAGGUUUCCUCCAGAACAAGGGUCUUGGCAACUUGGUUCCUCAAAGUAUGAUGUUGCGACUCAUCAUUGGCUUGAUUAGCUUUUUCACGGCCAUUUGGGCCUCUUUCAUUCUCAUCUUCCUCGACAAAUCAAGAGCAACAAGAUGUUGGGUCAUCCUGCCCUUCACCAUCGCUAUCUACCUUAUCUUCACUCACCAAUACAUGCUCGACCCUAUCAUUGCUCUGGCAGGGUACAGCGAAUACACUUUCUUCGAUUUCAAUAAGAUCAGGGAGCCGUUUGUCCGGAAAACAUUGAACAGGCGGGCAAUCACUGUGCUGAUCAUGUUCCUCGUCCUUACCGCAGCCGUCUGCUGUCUUUUCAUUUUCGUUCCUGGGAAGCGUCUUUGA